AUUCGGACCGUCUGAAUAAGUAAAAGUCCAUAAGUAGAUUAAAAAAGUCAUUGUUAAAAUGAGGUCAGUUAAUGCGGGUAUGUUGAUUGCUCAUAGAUAACAUCCAUGCAAAUACCAAAGCUAUGUAGCUAGCGGUAAUUGAUGUUAGACGAAACGCGGCAUAUCGGAUAAAUAAAGAAUUCAGACCUUCUUAAUUCGUUUAAGUCUAAACCAAGGUGAAGGUCAAAAUUAUGUAUGGUGAUGCUCAUAUGUUGAGAGUGAUCCUUAAUAGCAUCCAUGCAAGUGUCAAAGCUUUGUAGGAAGCAUUAUUGAUAUUAUACAAAAUGUGUAAUUUCAUGUUAUCCUAGUACGGACUAACGGAAGAAAGAAUGAACGGACAUACAAAGGACAGGCAAAUCGUUAUAUGCUCUUUAGCAUCAGAAGAUGACUGGGUAUAACAUCAAUAUCGGCACACCGUCCAUGUAUGCCUUCGAUGUUUCUGAUUCAUAUCCGAAAGAAGUCAACAUAAUUGUGUAACCAUUAAUAGUAAGCUACUAGCACGUAAUAACCUGUUAUUAAUGUUGACAAGAAUAACUAGUAUGAAACUACAAAGUUGAUACCAAGUGAGUUAUAUCUUUGGAUAUCCGGGUUGGAAGAUGACAGCGCGGGCAAUAUGAUACCCAUCAGUUUAUGACACAUAACCUUAUUGAUGUCUUUAAAGCCGAUCUUCUUGAUAUUCAACAGUUGCGUGCAGAUCUUGUGCAGCUGAUCGUUCUCCAUAAUGAGCACUGCGUCGGAACUUUGAUACAGCUGCGAAAGCGUCAAGACGGCAUUGUAGUUCUGCACGAUAACCUCGCCCAGUGAGUACGGCCACACGACUUGGUUCAUGAGAAACGCGUGCGGGAAUUCGUCCUUGAGGCACUGGGUGACGUAUGCACCCACCCCAGAGCCUGUGCCCCCUGCCAGGCUCAUAAAGGAAGGAGUCAUGCUGGAACAGUUGUUCACAGCAGUUUUCGGUGACUCCCUGACAUUGCCACUAUGGACCAUUCUGCUGGCCUGUCUGAUUACUGUGUGGCUCAUAUGGGAAAAGUUGAAACCUGUAGCGCAACCACAGAAGGAAGUCAUUGGGGUUUCCACUGAAUUGCUGUCAUCCAAUAAUACUGCAACUGUUUCCAAGGUGACAUCCAAUGGAAAGAAGCUUGAUGCUAGCAAGUUUGUUCGACUCAAGUUGAAGAUAUUUUAUGGAACAACCACAGGAAAGUCUAAGACAUUUGCAGAGCAGCUGUCGGAAGAAGCCAUGAGGAAAGACUAUGGAGUCGAACUGCUGGAUCUGAAGGAUUAUGAACCUGAAGAUAAUCUCUCUGAACUGACAACCGACACAGUCUGUGUGUUCAUCGUUUCGACGUACAUGGAUGGCAUGCCUUCGGAAAGUUGCAGCUGGUUCUGCAAGUGGCUUGAGGAGACCUCUACAGAUUUCAGGGUGGAAAAAACGCUGCUCAAGAACCUUCAGUUCUGUGUGUUUGGGCUCGGCAAUUCUCUGUAUGCAGAGCAUUACAACACGGUGGGUAAGAAGCUGGACCGACAGCUUCACAGUCUGGCUGCUCGCAGAGUUAUGGCCCUUGGACUGGGAGAUGAGGAUGUCGUCAACAGCAAACAUGGAGGUAUAGAAGAAGACUUCAAGGCUUGGCGUAAAAUAUUCUGGAGACAGGCUGGUCCAAUAUUGACUGGAAGGAGAACACUUGAACCUGUAUCUCUUGCAAGCAAGGGCAAAAAAGAGAAGGGGAAGUGUGGGGUCAACUGCAAGGGCAAGGAAGAUGGAGGGAAAUGCUCGAGUGAUGAAGAAGAGGACAAUGAUGAUGAACCGCUGUAUGAGACAAGCAGUGAGGAGGAGGAGGAUGUGGGUGCAGUGGAGGGAGAAGGGGGCGUCUCCCAGGGGUCAGGGGGUGUGGUUGAUCUAGAAGACCUUGGAAAAGUGAUGAAGCAAAUGAAAACAGCCAAGGCCAAACGCCAGGAAGAGGAGGUGGCGAUGUCUGGCGGGGGUGAGAGGAAGGAGAUGGUGACACCACAGCUGAGGAAGGCCCUGACCAAGCAGGGCUACAAGAUCAUCGGCUCGCACUCUGGCGUGAAACUCUGCAGGUGGACUAAGUCGAUGCUACGUGGCCGAGGGGGGUGCUACAAGCACACAUUCUACGGCAUAGAGAGCCACCGCUGCAUGGAGACCACACCUAGUCUGGCCUGUGCCAACAAAUGUGUAUUCUGCUGGAGACACCACACCAAUCCUGUGGGGACAGAGUGGCGCUGGAAGAUGGAUGAUCCUGAAUUAGUCUACUCAGGGGCUCUAGAGAACCAUGUCAACAUGAUCAAAGAGUUCAAAGGUGUGCCAGGUGUGCUGGCCGCAAGGUUUGAGGAGGGUCUGAAGCCUGCCCACUGCGCCCUGUCCCUUGUGGGAGAGCCCAUUAUGUACCCGGAAAUCAACAAGUUUAUCCACCUGCUGCACCAGAAACAAAUCUCCACUUUCUUGGUCACCAAUGCACAGUUUCCAGAGGCAAUUAGAAACCUGACACCGGUCACCCAGCUGUAUGUGAGUGUGGACGCGAGUACCAAGGAUAGCCUGAAGAAGAUUGACCGGCCGCUCUUCAAGGACUUCUGGGAGCGCUACAUUGACAGCCUAAGGGCGCUAUCAGAGAAGGGGCAGAGAACUGUGUACAGACUCACGCUUGUCAAGGCGUUCAACACCGACGAGAUUGAGAACUAUGCUAAGCUGGUGGAAAUGGGAAAACCUGAUUUUAUUGAAAUCAAGGGGGUGACCUACUGCGGCGACUCGAAGGCAUCAAAUCUGACCAUGAGUAACGUCCCUUGGCAUGAGGAGGUGGUGAAAUUUGUGCAGGAGUUUGCCAAUGAACUACCCGACUACGAAAUAGCUGCAGAACAUGAACACUCAAACUGCAUUCUUCUUGCUCAUAAAAAGUUUAAGAUAAAUAAUGAAUGGUGGACAUGGAUUGACUACCCAAAAUUCCACACACUGGUGGCUCGUUACACUGGCAGUGGUGGCCAGAUGACGUUCACAGCGGAGGAUUACAUGGCAAAGACUCCCAAUUGGGCAGUGUUUGGUGCCACAGAGCAAGGCUUCGACCCGAAGGAAACGAGAUAUUUCAGAAAGAAUGCCAAGAAAGACAUAGCAGGAUGCUGAGGGUGUGCUUAUUACAUGUACUGUGUCAUACUUGGUGAGAUUCCAGAGAUUUCAUCUGAAUAAUGCUUACCAAUUCAGUUUAUCUGGAUAGUCUGACAAUUAUUGAGUUUCGGUCGACUUUAGAUUUACCCAAGGGGCACACAAACAGUUGAAAAUUUUGCACUUGAGUGUAUGUUUUAAUCUUACCCAAGUAUCAGUUUAUUUUUAAGCUACUUGUUGAAAGCUUGAUAAAGCAUUGCAAACGUUUGAGUGUGUGUGCAUUUGUCAAAGCUUGUCUGGACUUAGUUAUUAAUUGUGCAGUUUUAAAAUAACCAUCAUCAUAAGAAGAUGUGUAUCACCUCUCUUCUUACCUCAAAGGUCGAAGUCAAACUUUUAGUUAAAAUAUUGCCACUAAACAGUUUGUUUAGACUGUCACUUUGUCAUUUACCAUGCAAUUUUAAAUCACUUAUACCACAAUUGACAAGCAUGAUAAGAUGGCAUAUUAGGUAAUGAUACCCAUCUCCCAAUCACAAACAUCAGAGUAACACUAGAAGGUCAAAAGUCUAAUUUGGAAAUAAAAACUGGUUGUCCUGUAUAUUGUUCAGUUAUCUUUCAAUUUGAAUAUAACUUUCCACACAUGACCUCUAUGAUCUAACAGGUCAAAGGUCAUAUUUGGUCAUUAAAUAGCUUUUCGGAACUCACUAUAAUUUAAACAUUCAUCUUGCAAUUUUAUAAUAACUUUUCACAAAUUACCACCAUUAUAAGAGCUUAAAGAGGUAAAACUCAAAUUUGGACAUAAAUGAGCUUUACUGGACUGUUACUUUGUCGUUCGACAUUUAAUUUUAAAAUUGACCACCAUGAAGAAAAGAAAGGUGACAUGUAAUAUCUGUCACCCUAUCUCAAAGGUCAAGGUAACACUUAAAGUUCUCUAUCAUAAAACAGCUUGUUUGGACUGUAUCAGUGUCAAAUGUCCACCACAAGAUGCUAAGUAAGAUAUGUCACCCUACUUCAAGGGUAUAAACAUAAUUUCUCAUGCAAUUUAUCAAUAAAAUGGACGGCAAAUGUCCACUCCUUGGAGGUGUGCCAACUCUUGGGCAAGACUUAAGUGCAGCCUGGUGCAGCUUGUUAAAUUAUUACAAGCUUUGCUGACAGGAAUUGAAUGUUUAAUGCUUCGCAUACAAUUGAAGACAUAACAUACUCAGUAAAGAAAACGACUUGUGUUCUUACAUGGCAAUAUUCAAUUUCAUCCCAUGUAAGGAUUUCACCGAUUGUUUAAAGUAUUUUUAUUCUUGUCCUCUUUAUGAAUCAUUAACCCAAUUUCUAGACUAAAGACUUUCUAAAGUUGUACUGGCACGUUCACUUCCACACAUUGUAAUAAUUUACACACACAAAAUAGAAAACAAAAUAGUACAUACUCAUUUUACAAAUAUCUUUGUAUAAUAUAUAAUUGUGUGUUUUUUUUGGUAUUUGCAUGGGUUAUGACAUUACAUUUUUAUAUUCUUCUGUUAUUGUAACAUGGUUUGAAUCAUUGUGUUUGUCUUAUUAAAUUGAACAUGUUGAUUUGUUUAAUGAACUUUAUAGUGUACUUAAUUUUGGAUAUUGCCUUUGAAAAGGUAUUAUAACAUGCAACCAUUACAUUUCCACAUGUUUUACAAUUUCUAUAUUUUACUCCUUGGUUUUACUCAAUU